ACAAAAAGCAUUCAAGUUGAAAUCAAAGACAACCAAAUUUUUAAAGAAAUGCUAAUAAUUAAUUUAUAAAUAAAAUGAAAUUAAUUAAAAAUACUUGGAAAGUUAAAAUUGGAAUAUUCUUAAAUAUGAAUAAUAUUUGUGCUAUUAUUUUGAUUUUUUUAUGUGUGGUGUCAGGAAAUAAAGUUAGUGAGUUUUGUCAUGGAUCUGGAGAAAUAAUGAGAUGUGAGUGUGUUGGAAAUGAGGAAUUAGAGCUUUCAUCAAGUCUCAAUUUAGAUAAAUUAACUAAAUUACUUAUUACAUCAUGUACAUCUGUACAUCUAUAUUCUAUAAGUCUUGGGAAUUCUAAUGCAAUUCGUGACUUAAUAAUUCACAACGUCAGUGACAGCUUGACAUUUGAACCAAUUGUACUCUCAAAAAAAAUGGGUAAAUUUGAAUUAAGUAGAAUUGGAAGAAUACCUUUAAUUGAUCAUGAUACCUUCAUCAGUAUCUCAAGUAUAGAAUCAUUUACAAUAGAAGAUUCAAAAAUUGGAAAAUUUGAUGAACAAUUCACGAAUAUUAAUGUCGAUUUAUUUAUACUAAAAAAUGUUGCAAUUAAUCAUAGUGUUGGAAUAAAUUUUUCUAAUGAAGGAAAAAUAUUAAAAAUAGUCAAUUCAACAAUUCGCAAUAUGGAUGGAAAUAUUAAUUUUGCUUUUUUUGGUUCAAUUGAAAUAAUAAAUUCAACAUUUGACUUUAGAAGUCCUGGAGAUAUGACUAUUGAAGGAUUCAGUGUAUCGAUUGUUGAUUCAGUCUUUACAAAUGUACGGAUAAAUUUAAUUGCUCGGGGAAAUGCAUUGAUAAAAAAUAAUUGUGCUGAUGGGAAAAGUUCACUCAGAGUGACUUCAAUUUAUGUAAAUAGCAAUGGUAAUAAAUUGCCUACAGAAAUAAUUUACACUCAAAAAGGAACUAAGGCAAUUUCUUUUCAAAAUAAAAAUAAUAUUGUUUGCAUUGCUGGUAAUUGUAAAUGCCCCAAAAGCAUUACGCAUAAUUCCUACGAUAAAUUACAUGUCAAUGUUUAUCUUGGAGUGGUCUUGCUUCUUAUAUUAUAUGGUCUAUAGAGGAUGCAAUGAAUGGAAAAUUAUUUGAUUAUUGCAAAUCAAUUUAAAAGUAUUUCAUUCAAUUAUGGAUAUAAACUAAUAGUUGGCUUAUUACUGACAAUUUUGGAGAAGAAAUUUCGAAAACUUUAAUAUAUUGAAAGAUCCUAAUUAUUUUGUAUAAUACUAGACAAAUGAUUUUUAUAAAAAAUUCUGAAAUAGAUAAAUAAAUAAAUUUAACUUA